UAAUUUUUAAUCUUAAUAAUAAAUCUGAAUUUUUGAAAUCAUUUCUCAUUAUUGUAUCUUUUUUUAACUCUUUGGUGGGAAAGUUAUGGAGGAGAGGGCAAAGAGUUGCAAAAGAUAGCUAUGAGGAUUUUGAGUCUCGCGUGUAGUGCUACUGGAUGUGAAAGAAAUUGGAGCACAUUUGAUCAAGUGCAUCCUAAGCAAAGAAAUCAUUUAGAACAACAAAGGUUAAAUGCACUUGCAUUUGUCAAGUACAACCUUCAACUUGAGAUGAGACAGAAGAUUAGAGAGGAAAAAGGAGAGACAUAUGAUCUAAUUUGUUUAUCAGUUAUUGAAUCUGAUGAUAAGUGGAUCAUUGAAAAAAAAAAUCCAUGCUUGCCAAUAGAUGGGUCAUGGAUGGACAUACAUGAGAGUUUUACUCUUGAUGAAGGAGCUCCAAGUAAGAAAAGAAAGAAAGGUCCAAGAAACUUGAAUGCCAAAGCCAAUAACAAAGGAAAAUCUAUAGUGAGACAACAGAAUGAGAAUGAAGAUGAUGCUGAAGGUGGGGAAGAGGAGGAGGAUGAAGAAGUGACAUUGUUAAUGGAGGAUGAUCAUGAAUUGAGUGACAUUGAUCUUGGAAAUGAUAAAUGAGGAAUUGAAUUUUAUGUUCAGUGAUUUUAGUCUUUUUAAGCUAGG